AUGGCUUCCUUGAUCCCCCGACAGUUUCGCGCAAAUCCCCAGGAGGAAGCGUCCGAGCCCAGCUGGUUGAAGAAUAGGGUUACUAGCGCGCUACAAGCUGUGGCCCGUCGUGCCUGUGCUCAUCCCAUCCAUACCAUUGGCGUUAUCGCUCUGCUUGCCAGCACCACCUAUGUCGGUCUUCUCGAAGGUAGCAUCUUUGACGCCAAAGGCGGAUCGGGGCCGCUAGAUCCUGCCUCCUUGUUGCACGGCAGUCGUAAUUUGCGUCUUGGAGAACAGACUGCAUGGAGAUGGCAGUUGGAGGAUAAAGUGGCCUCUGAUCCAAGCGAGAUUGCGCAGCACUUGGCAUUGGCUACUUUUGUCUUUUCCGAUUCAACCCAGGCCAAUACUCCUGCCAACGACGACAUUUCCAUUCCGGCAAAUGUAUCUGCUAUCCACGUGCCUCAAACUCCUAACCUCUUUUCUUCCUUCUUGCGUGACUCGUCUGUCGCUCUCACGGUCCCGUACGACGAACUGCCCGAUUUGUUGCGAGCGGUACAGGAAAUCAACGACCCGUCAACCGAAAACGAUGGACGCGAGGCUCGUAAGUGGAUUAUGAAAGCUGCCCGUGGACAGGGUUCUCGUCGUGCUUUGAAGCUUUAUGUCUCCGACGCUUGGAGCUCCUUGGUAGAUUUGAUCAAGCAUGCCGAAACGAUUGACAUUGUGAUCAUGACAUUGGGCUACAUCUCCAUGCAUCUCACCUUUGUGUCGCUCUUCCUUUCAAUGAGACGACUGGGCUCCCAGUUCUGGCUUGCCUUCUCUGUUCUCCUCUCUAGCGUGUUUGCCUUCUUGUUCGGUCUCUUGGUCACCACUAAGCUUGGUGUUUCGAUUAAUAUGUUGCUCCUGUCCGAAGGUCUACCCUUCUUGGUUGUCACUGUUGGCUUUGAAAAGCCUACACUUCUCACCAAAGCAGUAUUGUCAGCAUCCUUGAAGAACAAGGCCGUCGCCAACGGUAACAGUCGCUCCUCCCGGUCUAUCCAAGACUCAAUUGAGGCUGCUAUCAAGGAAGAGGGUUUUGGCAUCGUUCGAGACUACCUCAUUGAGAUCACCGCUCUGGUUAUCGGCGCAGUCUCGGGAGUACACGGUGGUCUUCGCCAAUUCUGCUUCCUUGCCGCCUGGAUCCUGUUCUUCGACUGCGUUCUUUUGUUCACCUUCUAUACCGCAAUUCUCCUAAUCAAACAAGAAGUCAACCGUAUCAAGCGACAUGUGUCGAUCCGCAAAGCCCUUGAAGAAGAUGGUGUUUCUCGACAGGUCGCAGAGAAUGUGGCUGCCAGCAACGACUGGCCACGGGCCGAGUCGCGCAACAGCAAGGCUGGUAACACAAAACUAUUUGGCAAAAAGGACCAGGCCGGCAGCGUUUCCAAGUUCAAGCUCUUCAUGGUUGGAGGAUUUGCGCUAGUCAACGUGAUUAACCUUGUGUCGAUUGGUUUCAGACAACCCGAUCAGGAAAGCUCUCUUCCUGUGCUAUCAAGGUUCUCUAACGUACUUUCUUCGGCUCCUAUUGAUCCCUUCAAGGUUGCAGAUAACGGUUUGGACUCUGUUUAUGUGACUGCAAAGGGCAACAAGAUGGAAACUCUAGUUACCGUCCUGCCACCCAUCAAGUACAAGCUCGAGUACCCAUCCGUUCACUACGCAGGCGCCGAUCACGCAGGCAAAUUUGAUAUCGAAUACUCUGAACAGAUCCUGGACGCUGUUGGUGGAAAGGUCUUGGAAAGUCUCUUGAGGAGCGUCGAGGAUCCUGUCAUUAGCAAAUGGAUCAUUGCAGCUUUGACACUCAGCAUUGUGCUCAACGGUUACCUGUUCAAUGCCGCCCGAUGGGGUAUUAAAGAGCCCGAGGCUGAAGCUCCGAGAGCUCCUCCUGUUGUUGAGACCCCCAAGGUCCUUGUUGAAUACAGAGAUGAUGGCAAGAAGCGAUCCAAGGAAGAAGCCGAGGCUAUGGUGAAGGAGAAGAAGGCAUCCUUGUUGAAUGAUGAAGAACUCAUUGAACUGUCGUUACGCGGUAAAGUCCCUGGUUAUGCUCUUGAGAAGACUAUGACCGAUCAGCCUAUUAUGUCUCGUGAAGACGCUUUCGUUCGAGCUGUCAAGAUUCGCCGAGCUGUCGUUUCACGAACUCCUGCUACCUCAGCUGUCGCCAGCAGUCUGGAAACAUCACUCGUGCCGUACAAGCACUACAACUAUACGCUUGUCCAUGGAGCAUGCUGUGAAAACGUCAUUGGAUACCUGCCCUUGCCUCUUGGUGUUGCUGGACCGAUGGUGAUUGACGGACAAAGCUACUUCAUCCCUAUGGCUACUACUGAAGGUGUCUUGGUCGCCAGUACCAGUCGAGGUGCUAAGGCUAUUAAUGCCGGUGGUGGUGCGAUUACCGUGGUACACGGUGAUGGUAUGACUCGUGGCCCUGGUGUUAGCUUCCCUACACUUGCUCGCGCUGCCGAGGCCAAGAACUGGCUUGAUUCUGAAGAGGGAGCAAGCAUUAUGAAGGCCGCCUUCGAUUCGACCAGCCGCUUUGCCCGCCUUCAAAACCUCAAGACCGCUUUGGCCGGUACCAAUCUUUAUAUCCGAUUCAAAACCACAACCGGUGACGCCAUGGGAAUGAACAUGAUCUCCAAGGGUGUUGAGAAGGCACUUGAAGUGAUGGCAACCCAGUGUGGAUUUGAGGAUAUGAACACUAUUUCUCUGUCCGCCAACUACUGUACAGACAAAAAGGCCGCUGCUAUUAACUGGAUUGAUGGUCGUGGUAAAUCCGUUGUCGCCGAAGCCAUCAUUCCCGGUGAUAUUGUCAAGUCUGUUUUGAAGAGUAGUGUCGACGCCAUGGUGGAACUCAAUAUCAGUAAGAAUCUGGUCGGAAGUGCCAUGGCUGGCAGUCUUGGUGGAUUUAAUGCCCAUGCUUCUAACAUUGUUACUGCUAUCUUCCUGGCUACGGGACAAGAUCCUGCCCAGAAUGUGGAGAGCAGUAACUGUAUCACACUUAUGAAGAAUCUUGAUGGAAACCUUCACAUCUCCGUAUCCAUGCCAUCCAUCGAAGUCGGCACAAUCGGAGGCGGUACCAUCCUCGAAGCUCAAUCCGCCAUGCUCGAAAUGCUUGGUGUCCGAGGCCCCCAUCCCACCAACCCCGGUGAAAAUGCACGUCAAUUAGCUCGCAUCGUCGCCGCUGGCGUCUUGGCCGGUGAACUCAGUCUAUGCGCUGCUCUUGCGGCUGGGCAUCUCGUCAAAGCACACAUGGCACAUAACCGCAGUGCAGCGCCAACACGCUCUUCGACUCCUGUCUCAGCCGCUGUAGGUGCUGCUGCUGCACGAAGUAAAGUGGGAUUGAGUAUGACUACAGCUAGUAAAUGA